CGCCCCGCCACGCCGCGCUCCCCCCCGCCGCGAUCCGUCUGGCCCGAGCCAGCCUGAGUGCAUCACCACCACCAUGUCGGCGACGGCCUCCCAGCAGCCCUCGGACACCGUCUGCAUCUCUGCACAGGGACACGAUGUGAGCCGCGGGGGCCGGUAGAGGGGAGGGUGGAGGAUGGACGGGCUAGAGCUGGCCAACGGGCUGGCCACCGUCGUGGCCUUGGCCGCGGACAACCUCACGGCGUCCCCGACCUCGCCGACGUCACCGUCGUCCACCCUCUCGACAUGGGGGUCGUCGUCGCCCUCGCUGCUGGACGUCAACGCGACGUCCACCGAGGCGCCCGGCAGCAAGUCGCGGUACUCGCUGUCCGAGAUGGUGGUCAUCGCCAUCCUGGCCGGGUCGCUGUCCAUCAUCACGGUCGUCGGCAACUCCAUGGUCAUGAUCUCCUUCAAGAUCGACAAGCAGCUGCAGACCAUCAGCAACUACUUUCUGUUUAGCCUGGCCGUGGCCGACCUGGCCAUCGGGCUCAUCUCCAUGCCGCUGUUCACGGUGUCCGCCUUGAUGGGCUACUGGCCGCUGGGCCCGCACGUGUGCGACGCGUGGCUCACGCUGGACUACCUCAACAGCAACGCGUCCGUGCUCAACCUGCUCAUCAUCUCGUUCGACCGGUACUUCUCCGUGACGCGGCCACUCACCUACCGCGCCAAGCGCACCACCAACCGGGCGGCCAUCAUGAUCGGCUGCGCGUGGGGCAUCUCGCUGCUGCUCUGGACGCCGUGGAUCUACUCGUGGCCCUACAUCGAGGGCGAGCGCACGGUCCCGGACACGGAGUGCUACAUCCAGUUCAUCGAGACGAACCACUACAUCACGUUCGGCACGGCCAUCGCCGCCUUCUACGUGCCCGUGUCCGUCAUGUGCUGGCUCUACUGGCGGAUCUGGCGGGAGACGGAGAAGAGGCAGAAGGACCUGCCGAACCUGCAGGCCGGCAAGAAGGACAGCUCCAAGCGGUCCAACUCAAGCGUGGGCUGCCCUCACAGCGACGAGGCCGUGGACUUGGAGGACUGGAGGCGGCAGCGGUCCGAGUCUGGCGGCCCCGGCGGCCACGACGACCUGGAAGGCGGCUACCUCCGCUACGAGCAGGGCGCCCGGGACAGAGCGCCCAAGCCGCGGCCGCUGACGUGGGCGUGGCUGCGCCAGGCCUGCAUCACGUGGUGGCACUCCGGACGCGAGGACCCCGGCGAGGACUGCGAGGACACGCCCAGCGACAUGGGCUACGCCACGCCCGUCUCGGUGGAGACACCGCUGCAGAGCUCCGUGUCGCGCUGCACCUCGCUCAACGUGAUCCGGGACCCGCUGCGCCGAGACCACCCCGUCAACUCCAUCUCGGCAGUGGCGGAGCGGGAGACGCGCUCGCUGCCGCCGGCCUCCAGGCUGGCCAACCGGUCGCUGUCCACGGACUCGGUGAGCGGGGUUGGCCAUCGGAUCCAUGAUCCAGCCCCUGGGUCGGUGUACACCAUCCUGAUCCGCCUGCCGCCCGAGACGGCCGAGGACUCGGCGCCCUCCAUCAAGAUGAUCACCGAGGACGUGCCGCUGUCGGACCUGCUGCCGCACUCCAUGCAGACGACCACGGGCCGCCUGUCGGAGCGCGACUCGUACUACUCGGCCGUGCGCCGGCCCUCGCACAUCCCGGACGUCCGGAUGCCGCUCAACGCCAAGAGCGUCCCCAAGCUGGGCUCGGGCGCCACCUCAGGGUCGCGGGCGAUCCUGUCCAACCUGGGCGCGGGCAAGGCGCAGGCCGUCAAGAAGAAGAAGAAGACGCAGGAGAAGAAGGCCGAGAAGAAGGCCGCCAAGACGCUGUGCGCCAUCCUGCUCACCUUCAUCCUCACCUGGACGCCGUACAACAUCUUGGUGCUGCUCAAGCCGCUGACGGCGUGCACGGACUGCAUCCCGCCCGGCCUGUGGGACUUCUUCUACUACCUGUGCUACAUCAACAGCACCAUCAACCCCAUGUGCUACGCGCUGUGCAACGCGUCCUUCCGCAGGACCUACGUGCGCAUCCUCAAGUGCAAGUGGCACACCCGCAGCCGCACUGCUAUGAACCGCGGCUUCUACAACUGAGGUCCCGCUCUCGCCCGCAACAACAACGGGGCGGCCUUCAACUCAGCGCAGCGCGCCAACGGCGACCUCAACCUCAACGAUUUCUAGGUUAGGUCGACCGCGCGUUGCGUAGGCCGAGGCGGCGCGCGUGACUCCGGCGGGAGUCGAACCCCCGGCCCGGUGAGAAACCUCGCGCCGAUUCAGCUUGGUACAAGUUUUCUCAUCGAGCCGGGGUUUUAAGGUUUGAACCGCGCGCGCCUCGAGCGCGGGUUCGUUCUCCGCGGCGUGGGUGGCGUUCGGGGUUCGGAGGGGUUACAAUGUUUGUGCUCUUUCUAGAAGUGCCCAUGCUUGUACGCCGGGCUCGGCCCGGCCUUAUUGUCGCUUUCAAUCUUUUUUCUCUUUUUUCCACUCUUUCACGACUUUUCUCACGAUAACCCCCCACCCCUGCGGAUACCCGGGCGGCCGCGCCGCGGCACCGAGUUAGUUGAAACAUCAACUCGACGGAGCGAACCCGAUGAGUGAAGGCAGCAGAGCCGGGAAGGCCUGCGUCCUGUUGUUUGUGUGGCGAGAGCGAAUAAACCCCUUGCAGUGAAGUGUGCUUCCAGAGAGACGCUGCCCGACAGUGCAAAAAUGAAUCAACGUGUGCUAUUCGUAUAUGUAUACGUACAUAUAUGUAAACGUAAUCUACCUAUCAGUAAUCCUAAGUGUCUAGUUCUAAUAUAUGGAAAAGAGAUCCAUGAGCUCAAAUUGAGAGACGGGACGGGGCGGCCCCAUGGGCACCAUAGGGUACUACGUGUUUUUAUUUGGCGUGGGAGUGCUUGCGACGAGAGCCUGGGUGUCCCCGCGUCCCUCCGCGGCUCAACUUGACAAUCACGUCGGCCACGGAGGCUGACUGGCCGACUGGGAGACGCCGUUGAGAUCUUAGUCGCUGACUGAAGAAGCCCGCCUGUGCGGCCUGUGAGGGACGGGGCACCCCAGCGCCGGCACCAACCACUUUAAAAGUCUGUUCAGCAAUACAGCGGUUGUGAGCGUUUUCCUGACUGGCACAAUAAUGAAAACAUUUGACCAAUGCCAAACGUCAUUCGCUUGUGUUUUUGUUGUUGAUGUUGUUGUUUCCUUUGUUUCAAUUUCAUGAUGACUAAUAACUAACUGAUUAAAGAUAUCGCUAUUUUUACUGGGGCGUUGAGAAGCCGCAUGAUAAAAACUCGCGUAUUUACUGUCGGAACGUGAACAUACAUAAUGUAUGUUUUGUAAUUGUUUUACUUCAGGGCGAAACCCUAGCAUCUAAAAAAAGUUUCAAAAAUUUCAGUUUCUUUUUUUGGGGAAGCGGACGGUACUGAAGGCACCUCUCGCCUGUUACCCAACUUGUGGGGUGUCUGGUUUGGACUGUGGCUUUUCUUAUUCAGAGCUUCUCAUGCAGGAGUGUACCUCGUCAUAGCAUUCUGUCUGACAUAAAGCGGUGGUUUAACUUGCGCUCAAAAUUUGUGCAAGCAUUUUGUAGCGUAGGUAAACACUAAUGCCUUCUUAGUGUUAAUGUUUAUAAAGGUAUUAGGUGCAGCAGUCAGAUAUCGUAAUAGAAGAGACUUAUCUUACUUCUUUCGGUGUUUUAACGCGUGCCCCCUUCCAAAUUUUCAGACUUGUCGAUACCCGCUCCUGUACGCUUUAAAUAGCAUUAUACCAUUAUAAUGAGUGUGUGACUAGUUUCAUUAACCGACGCAGUGGCGCGACAUUUUUAGCGUUUUUUACUGUGGCAUAGACUUGGAUUCAAUGUGACGUAGACUUAAUUAUAUUAUUUGUACCUGUGUGUUUCUGCUUGUGCUUGCCGAGGCGUGGAGUGGCUUCGGGGCCGGGCGGCCGGGCCAGUGCUGGAUCGUUGGUCCCGGCCCACGGCGCCCAUGACGGUCCACCCAUCCCAGCAGACUGAUUCUUCGCAACGUUCCGUCGCUCUGUCUCUCUCGCACCCACCCGGAACGCCCCAUGAGUGCGAAGAGGGACAGAGAAACGGGAUCGGUGUUCGGAGUCACUCUGCAGGUGAUGCGCGCGUUCUCGGGCGGACUGCCUCGGACUGCUCCACAGUGUGCAGGCCCACGGCGCGCCGCAAGGGGCGCCUCAAGGCCCCGCGGGUUGAUCAGGGCAAAGUCCGGGGCAGCAGGCCCGAGCAACCAACUUACUGGACACGGCCGCGACCCCAUCUACUUUGAUGGGGAUGUUUUGACGCUCGGAGGGAAUGCACAGUUUAGUCGCCCCCGGGCUUGUUGUUUUUGUUUGAAUGGAGUGAGGCUAGGGCGGCGGGCCGCCUCCAGCUCAACUGCCAUAGGCGCCAUAGGCCUGGGCGGCCUGGGCCUUGGCCUGGGCCUUGGGACCGGCAGGGCCGUCCCUCCCUUCCUUUAAGCCUUGUCGAUGAACAAAGAACAAUAAAUGGAAAAAAGGACUUGUCCGCCAGCAUUUAAGUGUGUAGAUGCGUCUAGUCGGUGUUUGUUAAUCCCUUUCUUUGUGCGCUGUCAGUGUGCGUGUGCCUGCGUUGUGUGAGUGCGUUUGUUGUGUAUGUGAAUGCGCGUGAAUGUGUGUGUGUGUGUGUGUGGCGGCACAUCACUCCGUAGCGACUAGUGUUCCUAGGAGAGACCCCCUUGUCCACUGCUGGGUCUUUCUGGCGAGGCCUGUGCGUGCUACUGUGUCACCACGGUGUCACCACGGUGUCGAGGCCGAGGUCGAUGCCUCGUGUUUACAUUCUUCGUUAUAGCGUUAGGCACUCCAAACUACCUCCUUCCUCCAAACAUCUAGCUAGCCUUUCAAAUUUUGUAUUGGGGAAAUAAUAGCAUUUUUCUAAUUUGAGAAUGUUUUUCAUCUCUAUCCGUUUCAGUCCUAUCUCCCGAAAGCUAGAGUCGAAGAUGAGGGCUUUUAAUGUGUUUCUGUGAAAAUGUUUCUGUUUCGUGUGGCCGUGAAGCUUGCCUGUGUGACUGAGUUCUCAGAAUGACUUAAGUUGGCACUGUGAUACAACCACACUUAUUUAAAUAUUUUAGUUUCUUUUCCCAAUUGGGCGACGGAAGCGAUUCCUAAGUGUUUAGCCUCUAAGUACCUCUUUUCUCCUAUGUUCAUCAUGAUGUGAUCUCGACUAAAUACUUGUUCUUUAAUUUCUCUGUGGCUCCUCCGUAGAAAAGCGUUGAGUAUGGAGACUGGCGAUUGAUGAGUCACCACCAGUAUUGACUAAUGUAGAGGGAUUUGAGUGCAGAGCUCCAUCGCAAAGAAUCCACAAGACUAGUAAGACUAAAGAAUAUUGUUAAGAUGGUUGUGGUGGUGACAUGUUACUGCAGUGGUCUGAGAUAAAGCAUAGCACUUAUACUUCCAUUAGAUAUAAGAGAAUUGUGUUAAAGAUAAACAAUGCGUUGUCGCACAAGUUUCGAUGUUAUGUGUCAUUAGGUACCACCUUUUAAGCCAGUGAACCCCUUGACAUAAUUCUUAAUGUUGUCCUAAAUCAAAAAUAACUUUCAUGAAUUUAAAAUAGUCUAUUUUCAUUUGAAGAUGUGUUUUUCCAUUUAAAUAUUUCAUCUGUUUCACCCGUUUUUAAUCGCUAUUGUAAGUUUGAUUCCUCCACAGGUCCUCAUUUUUAUUCAUCUUAAAGUGGAAUGAGGCGGAAGAGACUUCUUCUCCCGAUGAAAAGUGCAACUUUUGCUCAAGUUUCAUCGGGGCUCAAAACUAUUUUGUGACCAUGGAGAACCAUGUAACUUGAAAAUCAAUGUUGUGUGAUCUGCUGCCAAAGUUUUAUUUAAGAUAAUCCUUGCAGUACUAAAGCAGUCAGUGCAUGAAAGUAAACCGACAUUUGUAUUAAAUAUUAUGUGAAUAAAAAUGUUGUUUUUUACAUAGA